AUGGGAGUGAAGCCUCAGCGCCCUCGAUGCUUCAUGGACGUUGCUAUUGGCAAUGUUAUAGUUGGUAGAGUUGUGGUGGAAUUGUUUUCAGAUGUUUGUCCCAAAACAUGUGAAAACUUCAGGUGUCUUUGCACCGGUGAAAAAGGAAUUGGUAAAGGAACCCAGAAGCCCCUUCACUAUAAAGGAUGUCUCUUCCAUCGCAUCGUUAAAGAUUUUAUGAUCCAAGGAGGAGACUUUAGUGAAGGAAAUGGAAGAGGCGGGGAAUCCAUCUAUGGAGGCUUUUUUGAAGAUGAAAGUUUCGCUGUUAAACACAACAAGGGAUAUCUCCUGUCUAUGGCCAACAGGGGCAAAGACACCAAUGGAUCUCAGUUUUUCAUAACAACAAAACCCACACCUCAUCUUGAUGGUGUCCAUGUGGUUUUUGGACAUGUGAUCUCUGGUCAAGAUGUUGUUCAAACCAUGGAAAACCAAAAAACUGAUCCUAACAGCAAACCAUAUGCUGACGUAAAAGUUCUGAAUUGUGGAGAACUUGUCCCUAAAGCUAAAGCCAAAAAAGAAGGUAAAAAGAAAAAGCAUGGCAUGGCUGGAUCCAGCAGUAGCUCCAGUGAAUCGCAUAGCUCAUCAGAAUCAUCCUCUGAUUCAGAAGAUUCUGAAAAAGAGUCAAAGAAGAAAAAGAAAAAGAAGCAGAAGAAACAUAAAAAGAAGCAAAAGAAAACAAAAGCUGAAGCUGCCAGUGCAGAUGAGAAGGAGGAAGAGGUCGAAGCGGUGCCUUCAACGGUGCGUCCGGAAGAGAUUCCUCCAAUUCCCGAAAACCGAUUCCUUAUGAGACGAAGCCCCCAGCAAUUGGAGAUUAAGGAUGAGCCUAAAAAGGAACAACGGAACAAGGGGGAAAGACCCAGUGCUGGAAUAGCCUAUAAUUCAGCAUACAACAGGAGACUGGUCAUGACCCGCUCCGGAAGAAAGAUAAAGGGCAGGGGUCCGAGGAGAUACCGAACCCCAUCACGCUCUCGUUCAAGAGAUCGGUUUAGACGCAGUGAAACGCCUCCUCACUGGCGUCAGGAAAUGCAACGUCAGAAGAUGAGGGCUGUUACUGGGGAGCGCUGGAUCAAGGGGGAUAGAGGUGAUCUCAAUGAUGGAAAGGAAGCGGGCUUGAAGAGAGAGAGACGAUCGUCCAUUUCAAAACAUGAAGAUGCCGUAGAGGGUAAAAAGGAGAAGAAAAUGAGGAACCAUAGGUCCAAGAGCAAAGAAGAGGAUUCCACAAGUAAAGAUGGAAAGCACGCUAAACACAAAUCCCACAAGAGGGCAGAAAGUCGGAGUAAAAGUCGUGAGAGGAAAAGGUCUAAGAGCAGGGACAAAGGACACAAGUCUCGCAAAUCCGAUGAGAAACGGGCACGAUCCCAAAGCAAAGACAAGGAGGACUCAAAGGAGGACUCGAAGAAAGACAAACACUCUGAUAGUGCAAAAGACAAAGUUGACGAAUCUAGUAAAAAGCAUAAAGAGGAUUUUAAAGGAAGAAACGGGGAAAGAACUAGGUCAAAGUCGCGUAGCAGGGACAAAAAAGAUGGUCACAGAUCUCGCAGCAGCAACCGGAACAAGAGCAGUCGCGCCAAAUCCGCAGACAAGGACGACGGGCGGAGCAAGGACAGGGCCCACAACCGCAGCAGAAGUAGGGACCGUCGACGCAGUAACGAAAGGCAGACAAAGAGGAGAGAGUCGUCCCGAAGCAGAGAACAUCGAGGGAGAAGCCCGGACAGGAGUAAGACCAGAGACGCCCACCGGAGCAGGCACUCGAGAAGCAAGAGUAAGUCCAGUAAAGAUCGCUCUGCUCAUAGAAAAGAUAAACAGCGCGACUCUAGCAAUCACAAGAGACGACAUAGCAGCAGUUCUGAUGGCGAAAGGGAUAAGCGAAAGGGCCGAACUAUCCACGAUCGGAAAUCAAAAGACAAAAGGAGCCCGGUGAGGCACAGGCCAGACAGCACUACUAAAGGCAAAGACCGGAAUAGCAGAAGACAUAGGCACAGCUCUAGCUCAAGUUCUGAUAGUGACUGA